CAAGCAAGAUGGCGGCAAUCAAAAAACAAACAAGAAACCCCCGUUAUGUCGGAGAAGUUCAAAAUCUUGUCCGAAACGGGUUUGGCGUGUAUGUGUAUCCAAACAGCUUUUUUCGCUAUGAGGGAGAAUGGAAUAUGGGCAAAAAACAUGGCCUCGGAAAGCUCUUGAUGAAAGAUGGAAGUUACUACGAGGGCGAAUUUACCCAAGGGGAGAUAGAAGGGACCGGAUCGAGGUUCUGGGCAAAAACUGGGGAUUUCUAUUCUGGCCAGUUCAGCGCAGGCGAGCUUCAUGGCUGUGGCGUGCUGCAGAAAAGCAAUGGAGAGAGAUACGAGGGAGAGUUCUCCCAUGGACUCCGGGAUGGCCAGGGGUUCCUGCUGGACAAGGAUGGACAAACAUACAAGGGUUCCUUUCAUCAAAACAAGAGACACGGUGAAGGGCAAAUGACCUACAGGAGUGGUGAUCAUUAUGAAGGAGGCUGGCUUGUGGACCGGCGACAAGGCCAUGGAGUGUUACGCUGUGCGGAUGGAUCGAUGUAUGAUGGCCAGUGGCGUAAUAACCUCUUCAGUGGCCAGGGGACCUUGAUCCAUUGUUCCGGGGUCAUCUACGAGGGGAUGUGGACCAACGGCAGACCGCUGGGUGGUGCGUCGAAAAUUGUGAUUGAGGGAGGUGACGUCCUGGAGGUCUUCCAAGAUUCUCCUUUCUCCGUGGAAGUGCACCUGCAUACGGAGGCGGGAGGGAGGACUACGGGUGAAAGCGGCAGAGUCCUACGAAUAACAGCUGGUGUCAGACUCUGUGGUCUACCUCCAUCAACGACUCCAGCCUGCCUGCUGAGAAGGGAUGAUAUCAAUGAAACCCCUAUACCUACUCCGUUUGGCUUUCAGGUUGUCAGCUACCCUUUGAUGGAGAGAGCCUUUAAAAGCCAGGACUUCAGAGGCACUACAGCUCCCGUGGUUGACAUGGCGGCGAGGGCGGCCAAAUCGGGGUCGACGCGGGCCGGAUCGCCUCGGCUCCCUCAGGGCCAACAGGAGUCUGGAAGCGGAUCAGACGGGCAACCAAUGGGGGGUGGUACCCCCAGUUCCCUGGAAGGAGAGGCAGUGGGUGGGGAGCAGAACCAGUCCAGUGAAGGGGAAUCGUCUGCCAUCACGGAAUCUCUGUCAGGACUCUUUCUUGGACAGGAAGAGGACUUUUUACCACCUCCAGCCAAUCAGAGGGUAGAAGAUGGCCAAGCCAAAUUCCAAAAUCUGCUGUUGGCACCUCCCCCUCCUGACUUCAUCCCCUAUCAGCUGAUGGAUGAGUUGGAAAAGGUGGAUGAUGGUUCACUUGCUCAACGUCUGAUAGCCUCAGUUAGGCAUUUACCUAGAAACAUCAAGAGGCUGUCCAAUAAAGCACCCAGCGAAAAACAGAGCCUUUCUCAGGACAAGACCUCGGACAGCAGGUCAAACUUAAAGAAAAGUGCCAUGGACAGUACAAGCCCCAGACCAGGUGAAUAUGUGAUUAUGGUGACAGAGGUAACCAAACCACCGUUUCAAGGCCAGGCCUUACCUCCAGCGUUUGCCCUCCUGCGACUGUAUCCCGCCAAGACCCGAAGUAAAAACACCCGGACAGAUAAAACCAUGAGCAAAUGACGUCCUUCUCAACGCAUCGGGGACUUUCAUAGAAGACGUUCUUAGAGAAGCAUUACGCAGCCCUCAGCACUCAGAAAUGUACAGUGAGCUAACGUUUUGUUUUGGCGUCGCCUGUAGCGGCCAUCUCGACAUUUAAUAGUCCCUGUUGUUAUUGCAUGGUCAUGUUUUCAGUGUAGAAGUAUCCAAUGUAAUUUCUGAGACAGUUGCAUUAACCUGUGCCAUUACGCCAACAAAUGACUGUGAAUUGAAAAGAGGGUGUUUCUCAAUGACACUGAACAGCCGAGUUUAUCCUUCAAUGAAAAUGCCCUCAGUUAUUCUAACGAGGUUCUAUAAGAAUGGAAGCUGCCAGUAGUGAAUGGCAAUUACCCAACGACGGCAAGGCUGCAUAGGAUUGUGGUUAUUCCCAGGCUGUGCUUGUGUGUGUGUGUGUCUGUGUGUGUCUGUGUGUGUCUGUGUGUGUGUGUGUGUGUGUGUGUGUGUGUGUGUGUGUGUGUGUGUGUGUGUGUGUGUGUGUCUGUGUGUGUGUGUUUAUUCUCACCCAUUUUACAUGUGCUGAAGUGUGUCAUUCCUGAGAUGUGUUCAGAUAUCUCUGAGACGUCACUUCAUUCUGCUCCACCAAGACUCCCCUUUGUCUCCAGGUGAUAUUAAUCAUUUGAUAAAUCAGGGUGUCACGCUCUUUAAUGUCUUUGUUCCCACCCUCUCCGAUCCCUGUGUUCCAGUUUUACUGGGCGGGUUGACUUCCGUUAUGAGGUCAUGGUCUCUGAGGCCCACUCCCUCUGCUCCAUCAGAUGAAGACAUUGGAAGUGCAUGCUUCCAUACUAUUUAGUAUGAGUGAAAAAACAUCUGCAGUCAACUGGUUUACUCUGCAUAUAGGGCUGGUUUCGUGGGCACAGGUGAAGCCUAGUGCUGGACAAAAACGUCUGAAAAGACCAGGAUGUCCGACUAUUACUGUCAAUGCAAAAUGAUGUACGUGACCAUAAUUGCCAUGUUUUACUAUUGGAAGAGGCCUGACACAAUACGUACCUUAACAUCAUUUUCACCCUGUAAUAAACAUGACCAGUAUUUACCAGCUAUUAACAGAGUUAUGGGGGAGACUUUUUUUUUUUUUUAUGUGGAGGCAUCGUCGUUCACCAAUGGGUCCCUGACCAGUCUGUGACAUCCACCAUCUGAGAUGGUUUCUGCAGUUCGAAACCGAUAUCAGGUCGCAUUCUUGAACAGUUUUUUUUAAACUUUUGGAGCAGCUGUUAUUUCGUUUCAUUUAAUUCACAUUAUAUUAAAUUAAAUACCACACUCUGAACAAACGUCUGCCAUUGAUUGAGGCAUGAGGAAUUCCAAAAAAUAAUUGAAAUUUGAAGAGAAGAGUUACAGUUCGACGAACUCCAACAUAGUGAUCCCCGUAGCAACAAGCAACACAAUCAGACUCUGGCACAUUCACAGUCGAACCUACUGGAAUUACAUGUCACUGGAAACUCUUUGCCCCAAUGAGGCUUUUGGAGAGUCCAUAAAACAAAGGGAUGGAAGCUCCAGGGUUCAGGCAGAGUUACUGUGUUCAUAUGUCUUUGAGUUUCCAGGUCCUGUUCUUCCAUGCGAAACCCUUUGAUUGCUUCGAUUUCCUUCAUACAAAAUGUAUACACUUGCAGUAUGAAUGAGAUUUUCCAGAAGUUGUUAGCGGUUUGCUCCUGCUGUCAUUUUUUCCCUCCCCCUGUCCCAUAAUGUGGGGAACAAAACCAUAUGCACUCACGGUAAGCUGACGUGUUAGCUAUGUUGAUAACAACAAUAAAGAAAAUAUGAAACAUUUGAAAUAGUGAACA